GUAAAGAAAUUAGCCCGGAAAUUUAAAUAAGCAAAAAAUAUGAAUAUAAAUGUAAAUAAAACGUGUACGAUGUGCCUGUUGUGCCUGUUCUUUUAAAAACCAAAAUUUUAUAAACAAAUCGAAAUGCUAUGGAUGGAAACAUAUCUUUCCUGCUUUUCAGUGCGUUUGGGCCUCAUUGUAGUGGCAGCUUUGGGACUCGUUCAUGUAUUCAUAGGGACAGUUUUGUUAAUUUCAAUGGGCAUGGACGCACUGGAUCCAAUAGUAAAACUCCUCAAAAACGAUGACGAAUAUGGCAAAAUGCUUACGGUGCAAAAAACUUUGAACUGGAUUGAGAAUCAUUCCCAAGCAUUUAUAGCUAUACUAUUGACUUCUUUAGCGAUACAUUUGAUUUGCUGCAGCCUUGCCAUACUCGGAGCAUUGAAGCUCAAAAAGUGGCUUUUGCUCCCCUUCAUAAUCCACGAGCUCAUACGCGUGACCUUCUACUUUGCUGCCCAUAUCAUCCUUAUGAUUAUUUUAAAGAAGAAACUUAGUUUAGGCCUCCUGAUCGCCGUCACCUUGCUAGGUGGUUUCAUAUUACUAUACUUAGCCUACAAUUGGGCCACCAGUGUUGCUCUAUUCCAAAUCAUCGAACUCGUGCACACCGAACGCUAUCGCAAACUCUACGGCGAUGAUCCCUUCCACCCGCAACUACCACCGAACUACUCACACACUUCACCACCACAAUAUAGUUACGGUACUGUGGAGAAUGUGCGUGUGCUGGUCACACCGCGUAGUGGGGAUAUUGAUGAGCAAAAACAACGACAAACACAACGAAUAGCGGUAAAGGCUCCAACUCAGCCAGUGAUCGCGGUUUUACCGGCAAAUUAUGUAAAUAAUAAUGGACCACUUUUGCAAAGCAAGCAGAUGAGUAGUUUCCAACAACAACAGCAAUAUCAGAGAAGUGAAAAAGAGCGGAAUGAAUACAAUGCAGAAUUCGGUAAUUGGCAGUGGUCCGAAUUGAUGGUUGGUAGACAGCGAAAGGCGCUGAUUGUAGAGAAUUGAUGAGAGGCAGAAAUUGGCAUUCAAGAAAAAUUUUAGACUGUUACGGAUGUUAACAGGUUUCUAAGUGUUUUGUAUGAUAAUUAUACUUAAGUGAAUAAAAUUAUGCGAUGAUCUGGGCAGAAUAAAACUAAUUACUAAUAACAAUUUAUAUAUCAGUACUAUGACAGACUCGGUCCCGCAGUCUGUAAAUUUAAAAUAUUUAAAAAUAAUAAUUAUUUUCGAAUAUUGUAGGGAGUCGAAGAGAGCAUAAGCUGACCUUUUUUAAUACCCUUUCCGUCUGUUCCCAGGCUCGGUAAUCUGCGGAAUAGUUGAACGAAAUUUAACUUUCAGAUUUUCACUAGCAGACAAAGAAAUUUCCUGAGUCGGUUAUAGAUUACUUUUCACCCCGAAAAUAUUACUAUGCGCUUGCACUGUAAAAUGCAGGUAUUAUUAGUUUAUACA